AUCCUGUGAGUCUUGAUCUACUCCUCCUUCUCGCUCUUUCCAAAUCUCCCAUCACUUCCUUCUCUAACAUUAUUCUUUUUUUCUUUUAAUUUUAUUUUUAUCUCUUUUUUUCUUCUCUCUCUCUCUCUCUUCACAUCCAGUACCGCGAAUCCAAAUUUCAGUUUCGUUCGUUGCCGCUCUCUUCUCGUUAUUGUUUAAAGAAGAUUAAAAGAAAAAUUAGAAAAGGAUUUCGAAACCCUAGGGCAUAAAUCUUUCUUCCUCCCCACGUGUAUUGGGACUAAAUCUCAGAUCUAUAUUUUGUAUUUUGUCUAUAUUUAUUAGGACUAGUAGUAGUUUUCUUGUUUUUUUUUUUUCUUGGGGAAUUUUGAUAGUUCGUCAGAUCUCUAGAAGUGUUGCUGUCUGAUUUCUUCGAGCUUAAGGAUUGGUUUAUGGAGUUUUGAAUCGAGAAAAGUUGGAUGCUUCUGUUUUUAGCUCCACUAUUGUUAUUGUAUUCGGAUGGGGAAUGGUGAAGAAGUCUGUUUGGAGGUGAUGAGCGAUGGGAUGAUGGAAACGGAGAAUUCAGCUAGGGCUGACUUGAAGCGUAAUUGUGAAUGGGUGGAUGUUGAUGGGGAAACAGAGACGCGUGCGAAAAAAUAUGCUAAAGAAGCUCCUAAUGAUACUGAAAUCACAACUUGUGCAGAUACUGCAAGUCCUGCUAAAGAAGGCUUAGAUAGUUUCGAUUUAGAUAGAAACUCACAUGCAUCAGAACCUUGUUUGGAAAGUAAUAUCCAGGAUAUUCAUAAGGAUCCUCAAUUGGAAAGUUCUGGUGAGUAUUCGGCUGAGCAUGUUGUAUGCGGCAAUGAUUUAAAGCGCUCUCCCAAACAAGCUGCCAGGGAGGCUUGUAUUAAUGAUACACCGCAAAGCUAUCCAUCUAGGACCAAUGAAGAUGGCAAUUUAGCUGUAAGCACUAACAAACCUUUGAAGGACGUCUCAGAUGAUAAUGAGUUGGAGAAUAGGGUAAAGGAAGCUUCCAAUGAAGAUAUAUUUUCAGAAGUCUCAAAUCCAAAUUUGUCUCCUGGAGAUGUUACUUCUAGUUUAGGCGAGGUUGGUAGCCAUGCGAAAGAGCCUGUCAGCAGCAAUGUACAUGGUGGUUGUGCGGAGGUCUCGUCGGUUUGUGGUGGAAAUUCAAGCUCUGAUGACAGUUUGAGUGAGCGGGAUCAUAGUGGAAAUGAAGCCUCUGGUGAGGUUUCCACAUCUCGCGUUGUACUCGAAAUCCCUGAACAUGUGAGCACAACUGGCAUCAGGAAGAUAACAUUCAAGUUCAGCAAACCAAAGGUUUAUGAGAAUGUGUCAUCUCUUUCGUCUGCUCGGCCUAUACAUGGUGAUUAUGGUGAUGGUUCCUACAAUAUGGAAGCAUGGAGUACCUCGUUCGCUGAUGACGUAAAAAAGGAUGUGUAUCUGGACAAGUAUGGGAGUUUGUUUCAAGAAACAAGGGCUCCCUUAUCGAGUACACACCGGGAGUUAAAAAUGUCCAAGAAGGUUCUCGCUGAGAACUAUCCUGCUAAUGUGAAGAAACUUUUGUCUACUGGAAUUUUAGAAGGAGCUCGGGUAAAGUACAUUUCCGUAAAUCGUGAGACCGAACUCUCUGGAAUAAUCUGGGGCGAGGGUUAUCUAUGCAGCUGUUCUUCAUGCAACUUUUCUCGAGUUUUAAGUGCAUACGAGUUUGAGCUGCAUGCAGGUGUGAAAACCAGGCACCCAAACAACCACAUUUACUUAGAGAAUGGGAAACCUGUUUACAGUAUAAUCCAGGGAUUGAAGUCUGCACCACUUAGCAUGAUAGACGAAGUGAUUAAAGAAGCUGCCGGUUCCUCCAUUAAUAUGGAGAAGUUCCAACUUUGGAAAGCCAGUCUUCAACAGAGCGAUUUAGUUGACAAUGGUGACCCUGUCUGUCAGACCUCUAUGUUUUACCCAUCUGAUAUAAGUUAUCCCGGCCAAACCAGGAAAGAUGUACUGGUGCCUCCUAGUUUCUGUGCUGUAAACAAUCGGAUGUACCAGGACAGUGGUAAAAUGGUGGGAGAACAACGGAAACGCGUGGUGAAAAAGCCAGGAUGGUUACUUUCUAGCUCAGAAUCAGAUGUCGAGCUGGAGAAAUGUAGUGAAGGCGGGACAAAAAAGAGGGACAAUGACCUGCAUAGGCUGCUUUUCUUGCCGAAUGGAAUUCCAGAUGGGACUGAUUUAGCUUAUUAUUCAAAGGGAAAGAAAAUUCUUGGGGGCUACAAGCAAGGCAAUGGGAUAGUCUGCAGUUGUUGUCAUACCGAAAUCAGUCCAUCACAGUUUGAGUCUCAUGCUGGCUGGGCAGCAAAACGUCAACCUUAUCGCAAUAUCUACACUUCAAGUGGUCUGACGCUCCAUGAUAUAGCUCUUAUGUUGGCAAAUGGGCGAAAUAUUGCCAACAGUAACAGCGACGAUAUGUGUGCUGUAUGUGGAGAUGCGGGAGAUCUUUCAUUAUGUAGUGGGUGUCCACGGGCUUUUCAUGCAGCUUGUUUGGGCUUGCAAUCUCGCCCUCCCAAUGGUUGGCAUUGUUUGUAUUGUUCAGACAAAUCUGCCCCUGUUAAAAGAGGUCCUGGAAGACCACCUUCACGCCAAACCAGGGUAGUGAAAGCACCACAAUUUGUUGGUGGUGGAUGUGUUGUCUGCAGGGCAGCCGACUUUAGUGUUGCUAAAUUCGAUGACCGAACCGUUAUACUGUGUGACCAGUGCGAGAAGGAAUACCAUGUUGGUUGCUUAAGAGAUAGAGGACUCUGUGAUCUGAAGGAACUGCCUAGGGAUAAAUGGUUUUGUUGCAAUGACUGCAACAUGGUCUAUACAUCUCUUCGGAAUUUUGUUCAGAAUGGGGCACAGUUGGUUGCCUCCGAAGUGUGUGCAGCAAUUAUAAGAAAACAUGAAGAGAAAGGCAUUAUGGAUGUAGGUGUUUCUGAUGUUAAGUGGAGACUUUUAAGUGGUAAAAGCCGCUACCCAGAACAUCUACCUUUGCUUUCCCGAGCCUCGGCUAUCUUCCGGGAAUGCUUUGAUCCCAUUGUUGCCCCAUCCGGUCGAGAUCUGAUACCGAUUAUGGUUUACGGGAGAAAUAUAUCAGGCCAAGAAUUUGGUGGAAUGUACUGUAUUGUUUUGAUAGUGAAGUCUGUUGUAGUUUCAGCUGCUCUUGUGAGGAUAUUUGGAAAAGAGGUUGCUGAGCUCCCGUUGGUGGCUACAAGUCGAGAUAACCAAGGAAAGGGUUACUUCCUGGCAUUAUUUUCUUGUAUUGAGAGAUUAUUGGGCUCAAUGGAUGUGAAAAACCUGGUGUUACCCGCUGCUGAAGAAGCAGAAUCCAUUUGGACUAAAAGAUUGGGCUUCAGAAAGAUGAGUAAUGCCCGGGUAAGUGUGUUGAUGUUUAUGAGUACUUAAAUAUGUUCUGCAUUUGACAAAGGGCUGAAAAGCGGGAAAGGAUAUUGAUAGAACAUGCAAAAUGCCGGAAUUAAGUAACGGGAAACAAGGGAUAAUGCAUUUCUGGAAACAGAAUAAAAGUGUUUUGAGAGGACAUUUAACAUGUUUACUGCUGUGGAAUUUCUGAAUUGAUUUCGUUUGUUUUAGCUUUGUGUAUAAUUCUCCUGCUCUGUGAAUCAGGUUUCUAAGUAUAACAAGGAACUCCAAUUCACUGUUUUCAAGGGGACAACUAUGUUGGAAAAGGAGGUUCAAUGGAAUGGGCAAAUAGCGUAGCGUGUUUCUCUGGGCAUGUAAAGCUUGGACAAACUAUCUUUUCCUAUCUUUUUGACUAUUGCUUUGAAGCUGCUCACGGAUUCAAUUGAUAUAUCUAAUGAACUGCAACAAAAUGUUGGUGAGAACAUGUUUGGCAUGAUUCAUCCUGUAUGCCGCAUGCAAGCCUGCAUGAGUGCCCGAGAGACGAUGAUUAUAGGGGCAAAGAUGAUUAUUACAGGGGCAGAGGUCCAAUAUGGAGGCAAACUGCAAGGAUAUUUCAAAUGGAUAUCUAAUGGUUAUUAAUUUUUGUAGUUUGGUUGGAGGCUUUAGUUAUAGAAAUUUUCAGUGAUGUACUGCUCUGGAAGUUGCCUUUCUUGAUUGUAAAUUUGCAGCUUUUCUGCCAUCUGCCAGCCUUAGAUUUGGCUUGUGGAAAGAGGCGGCAAAGGGGAAGGGGGAUAACCUUGAGAAAUUUUAGGGCGUGCUGACCUUUUAUUAUGCAUGCCCCUCUUCCUUUCUAAUUUUUGCAGUUAGUUAAAUACUACCAUUUCAAUGAUCUUAUACAUGUACAUAAUAUACUAGUUGUAGAUAGGGUUUGCGACUUGUAUUUCUCCAAGUACCAGCCAUAGAAUGAGUUUCCCCAACAAUAACAUAACAUAUAAUUGCAGAAUGUUUUUGUGGUUUGGUUGCUUAUGUUAUGCUUAACUACGGUUUGCUAUCUUUUCUUAUGAGUAAUUUUGGUGUCAAAUUUGGG